ACACAAUCAAAAUCAGAUUCCAAACAGAGAAAGAGAGAAAUUUUCUGUGGAGAGAAAUUAAAAUGUCAGGAAGAGGGAAAGGAGGAAAAGGAUUAGGAAAGGGAGGAGCAAAGAGACACAGGAAGGUAUUGAGAGAUAACAUUCAAGGUAUUACUAAACCAGCAAUAAGAAGAUUAGCAAGAAGAGGUGGUGUUAAACGUAUCAGUGGAUUGAUUUAUGAAGAGACUCGUGGUGUUCUUAAGAUCUUCUUAGAGAAUGUCAUUCGUGAUGCUGUUACUUACACUGAACAUGCCCGAAGAAAGACUGUCACUGCUAUGGAUGUUGUCUAUGCUUUGAAAAGACAAGGAAGAACCCUCUACGGAUUUGGCGGUUAGGGUUUUGUUAAAUAAUGUUGAAUGAGGCUUUGAAUUGUUUUUUUUUUUUGUUUGUUUGUUGGGUUUCAAAUGUAUUCGGAGAUUAAUUUAAUCCAAUCUUUUCUCUCA